GUUUGGCAGGACUAAUGAAUUAAAAAUCUUGGACUCUUGUCAGUUUGCUGCUUUAAUAAUGCCUCUGAUGGAUGGAUUUUUUUGCCCCACGAAGCAUGACAAUACCAUAAUCCCUCAUUGUUGGAAAGGAAAGGAAGGGAUGGGACUGGACCGGAUGGUGGAAUUGUGAGGGAAAACAGAAAAGGGUGGUCCGGAGGGACUGCAAAGCCUAUGGGAAGUGCAGGUAGCAGCAUGUUGCCACGACAGCUGUUUCAACUUCUCAGACCUUGUCAGCUUGCUGCUAUGUAGCAGGUGCAGCCUUUUCUUUUAUUGAAUCUGUACUCCAUAAAGGCAAGAACAAGCCAAGGCUGUGGCUGGCCCUGGAUUAUACAAGUGCAGACACUACUAAGUGAGCUGGAAGAUACAAGUAAACGCAUAGGCCCAAGUGCCCACAUGAUCACCACAGCAAGGGUAGCUGCUGAUAAAGCGAUACGAAUUGCUUUCAGUCUAAAUGACUCCCCAGAUGAUACGUCCCCUGAGGAUGCCUUUCCUUUGGCUUUUCCUGAUCUAGAACAGCAGCUCCAGCCCCUGCCUCCUUGCCAUGAUUCAAAAGAAUCUAUGCAGGUGUUCAAACAGCAUUGCCAAAUUGCAGAAGAAUACUAUGAAGUCAAAAAGGAAAUUGCACUGCUUGAAGAAAGGAAAAGGGAUCUGAUCAUUAGGCUAGAUCAAGCUGAGAAAGAAAGCAUGGAUGCUGCUCGGCUAACAAAAGAGUAUGCAGACCUGACAGAAGAGAACCGGACAUUGAAGUUAGCCCAGACACAAUGUGUUGAACAGCUGGAGAAGCUCAGAAUACAGUAUCAAAAAAGACAGGGAUCAUCAUAACUUUGAAUGAAACUGUCUGGGUCAAUACAAAUCUAGGGUCUUUUUUUAUGUCAGGCAAUAUUUUCCUUCCCUCCUUCAAAGGUUCCCUGAAAUAGGCUGGAACACUUUCCUCACCGAAUAUGUACAUGUCUAAAUUUGAUUUAGUGCUUGCCAGCCGCUAGCUUAAUAUGGAUAUUGUAUGUGUUAUAUAAUGGAUAUUUUAUUUUGGGUAACAUUGUCUAUCCCCAUUAUACACUGAAAUGAAUCAGAUUUCUUUUCUAAAUGUAUUUCUUAAGAUUAAAGAAGAUUCAAGCACACUCAAAAGCAAUAUUAAUAGUCUCUGUGUUGUGAGGGAUAGGACCAUAUUAAAUCACACAGAAGGAGCUUCAUUAAUGCAGGAAACAUUGGAGCACACCUUUGCUUUUUUCCUAAAUCUGAAGCCAUUACAGGAAAAAUGUUAGCUUACUUAUCUGGCAUUAUAUUACAAAGGACCAUCAUCCACUAAAGAACAUUUGAAAACUAGUCACAUUGCACCUGGAUCAAUUUCUUUCCCAGGGCUGUAAACUUAUUGUACACACCUUUCUUGGAAGUACCGUAAGUCCCUUUGUAUACCUGAGUGUGCUUGUGUAGGCUUUCACAUCAAUUGGCAAUUAUUUUGUAUAACUAUAAUAUACUAAGUAGACAGUGAUAUUUCACUUGCUCUAAAAUGAGCUUGUUUAAGAUUAUGGCCUGGCAUCACAAUCUUUCCAAAGCAGGGGGGAAGUUCUGUUGCUAUUUCAGCAUCAUGAUUUGCUUCCUAAUGGAAGAGUGUGCAGAACCAUAACCUUAAGAUGCUAUUGGAAGAAAAUUCUGUUGAAAUCCUGCCCUUUCCUGUACAAGAAAUAUUUCUGUUGAUUAGUCAGUGUGCACAGACUUUUAGCUGUGGUUCCAUGCAACAAACAGGAUGUGUAAAAGCUGGUGCCACACAUAAAGGUCAGCACCAUUUGGUUUUUCGCAUAGGAUUUUGGCUCCAACAUAUUGAGGAUUCAUUCAUUCAUUCACUUAAUUUAUACUCUGCCUUUUUCCCACUAUGAGAUCCAAGGUGGAUUACAAUAAAUUAAAAUAUAAAUUAGCUUAAAUGUUAUAUUACAAUUUUAAAAACAACAACAACUAUUAAACAAAAAAUACAAUUAAAAUCAGACAGUUAAGAACAGUUUAAAUACACCAAAAAUAUAAUGAAAACCCGUAUAAGAUAAGGAUAUAGCACACCACUUUCAACAUUGUUCUAACAUUAAAUAUCAAUCAAAGGCUUGCCUAAAUAAAUAGAUCUUAGCCUGCCAGAUGAGUAUCAUAGUCGUGCUAGAGGCACUUUGGGGCUGACUUUUCUGAACCACUCUAGUACAGCUAUAAAAGUCAGCAUGCUCGGACUAGAAGCUGGAUACUCAAAGAGGCAAUGGCAAUCAGUCUAAGGCCAAGAUCUAAUAGUUACAAUAGUGGUGUGUAACUCUACCUGUAUACCUAUUUAUAGGGCCAACAGGCAAUGACAUCUUCUCCUUGGGUAUAAAAAGGCAGGUGGAGUCAGCCCCUGGCCACUGACUGGCCACAACAGUACAUUCAGGAGCCAUUGAGCUGCCCUUCAACACCUGGAGGAGGAAAAGAAGUAGCAUUCCACCCCUAAGAAGAAUCCUGAAUACACUUAAUGAAAUCAAUGAAUGGAUUCAGCUUAUAUGUUGAAGUUUAUUUCUAAGUAUAGGUGGUUAGAAUCAGUUGUUUAAAUUCAGAUGUGGAAUUCCUAAUAUGGUAAAUUAUUAAGGGUGUAUAUACACUGUAGUUAUAAUGCAGUUUGAUACAACUUUAAGUGCCAUGGCCCCAUCCUACAGACUUCUGGGGUUUGUAGUUCUGUGAGGCAUUAGCACUCUUUGGCAGAUGCAGCUAAAGACCUUGUAAAACUACAAAUCCUAGGAUUCCAUAGAAAUGAGCCACUUCAGUUAGAGUCAACUACAUCAUUUCUACAGUGAAGAACCCUAGGAUUAUAUGACUACCAGUCCCAAACACAUCACUUGAAAGUCACUGGCUUUCUUUUUGGGUUAUCUGUUUAGGUUGUGGUAUAAAAAUAGGAUUGUCCUACAUACUAUAUCCCCAGUUUGAUUAAUUUUCCAUGGAGCAAUUGCUGAGCAAAGAAGACUAACAAAAAUAUGAUGUACUUCACCCUUUCCUCUACUGGUGAUAGCUAUGUUUUCCUAAAUCUGCUGAAAACUUUGUUAUACAUCCAUUUCUAUUCAAACAGGUUUUUUUCAUUAAAAGACAACUGAAAAAGUUA